AUGGUGUUAAUGGAUAGAAUUCCUACAAACCUGAAGAAGGAAAUUUCAACAGCUGUUACUGGCAUUAAUAAUCUCACCUUUGCUAGGGAUGAUGGCAAAAACUACACCAGCGAGAGUACAGUUGAUGUUGCAAAUACUGCGUACCGUAGGGUGUCAGAGCUGAUUUUGAUUUUCGAGAACAAACAGAAGGCUCAAUCUACUUGGGAGAACUCGGAUAUAGCAGACGUAGAGCAACAUAAACACCUGGCUUCCCAGUGUCACCGCAGAAAGCAGCUUAUUUCAGAUAAUGAAAGCAGUUACACAAAUAGUAUCAACAGCAGCAGGGAUACCAACACCGACGAACUAAAUGAAACUGUGAACCAACAAAGUUACCACAGACUUUCUGAGCUGAGAGCAGCGUUUGAGACCGAUGCUCUGAAUGAACAGAGGGGCAAAUCUGGUUUGGACAUACCAGAUCUUGCAUACCAUCAGCAGCAAGGAGAGCUUCAUGAUGAAUGUGAUGGUGCAGCGCAAGCUAUAACUGAUGAUGGCAUCUCAGCUGGAACUUUAGAAUCCACACCUCCCAUAAAUGUGUCUCACCUUAGAACAGUGUUUGAGACUGAUGGAGUGAACAGGCAGAGAGUUGAAUACAGAUGGAGCGACCCAAAAAUUGUCAAUUUUAAGGAACACCAAAAUCUUGCUGCAGAGUUGGAUUGCGAUAAAUCAGAGAAGUCAAGAGUUUUCAUCAAUUUGGACCCUCUCCAACAAGAAACUUUUCUGUCCGAAGCUACGCUUACAGUAGAAGGCAAAUAACGGGCUUCAUUAUUUGGUGUGGAAGUGCGUAAUCUUUGCAAGUACAGCUUUUUGUACGCUUGUCAAAAUAUGCUUUGUAAUUGCGGAACAUAAAAAGAAUUAAGCUUGUGUUUCGUUCCAAAGAAACCGAAAUCAUUCACUGACUGCAGCUCCAACUUUUCUGUGAUCGGAGUCUGAAAUUACAAAUCAUAAAAUGGACAUAUUUAUUUAUGAUCAUAUUAAUUUUAAUUUGUUACUAAAAUUGCUAUGCGUUCUCUCAUUAUCACAGUAUAAACUUUGUCAUUACUGCUGCGGGGACUGUGGAGCACGUAAAUGGAGUUUCUGAAUCAAUGGAUAAGAUCCGCAGCGACAUGAAAUGAUGAUAACAAAUUAAGCUGAUGACAUAAUUAGAAUUCUGUGGGUCAUAAAGUAUUCAUGCUUACAACCCCAUUAGGUGAGAUCAACAAAGUAUUCUAAAGAAUAAAGAUAAUGAUCUUAGCGUACAGUAAAUUUUCUUAGACGCAUCAAUUGCUUGCAGUAAACGACAAGAAUGAAAAAUUUGCGCUGCUACAGAAUUACAUGCUUCUGGUUGUAAUUUAUAUACUACAUAAAUAUUAAUUAAUAUUUAUUUUGAAGCUUUUGUGAUGGCUUUCUAAUGAUCAUAAAUAGAUUUCUGGGGAAUAACCGUGUGCAUUUAUCACCACUUAGGAUAUGUUACUUCUGUGUAAAAGUAAGGUUAGAAUCGCUUGUUUUUGGUUGAUCACCUCCAGAAUAGUCCAUGCACUUACCACUCCAGUUUGUUGCAAGAGGGAAGUUAUCACAGGUGAAAUAAAUAAAUAAAUACAAUUUCUGUAUCAUUAAAGAAGGGAAAUCCAUGUACUUGUUA